CAUUUCCCUUCUUCUGUCUCUGCCUCUGUCUUCUUCAACGAGAACGUUUCGGAAUCCGAAUUCAUCUUCUUCAUCCCUAUUCCAUUCUCUGUUUGUUCCAUCCCUGUAUCCGCCAUUUUCGAGCUCCGUGAAUCUUCCAACAAUCGGUAUCAAUAUCAUUUUCUGUGUUUACAAAAAUGGCUAGCCUCGAAAAUGAGACCAUAACCAAGGGAAGAAGUGGAUUGAUGGGAAGCAAUGACAAUGCCAACAAUCUGCCUGCAGUUGUGGAGUCUAGUCCUCAAGCCAACCAAGAAAUAUCGGCUGUGAAUGCUGAAUCUGUUCUAACAAAUUCAGAAAUUAGGCCUGGAUUCAAUCAGAAUCAAUUCAGUAAUUGUGGAGCAAAUACCAAUUUCAAUAAUCUGAAGGCAAACUCACAUCUGAGUUCAAUUCCUUGCACGAAAAUCUGGGAGGAAUACAAUGAAGAGCAACUAGAACAGCUCCUUAUAAAGAGACUUCAACUGGUAUAUAAUGAAGCUUAUCUUAGUCUUAUGUCCUAUGGCUAUCAGUCUAAUGUUGCAAUCAGAGCAAUUUUGACCAAUGGCCAUUGCUUUGGGAACACGUAUGCCCUUGGAAAUAUCAUACACAAUUCACUUACUUACAUCAAAAGUGGCAUGGUCUUUGAUAAUGCUACUUACCCAGAACAACAAAAAGCCAUUGUAGAGGCUGGGAUGUUGGUGAGAAGGUCACUAGAAGCAAUGAUUUACUUUCUUUUCGAUGUUCGUCCUGGCUUGAUUAAGUGGGAUGCAAUGUGGUGUCUCUUAGUGAGCAAUUUUCAUCUCGGCGUUGCCAGUAACAUUAAUGACCCAUUUCGUCAUAACCAAUGUAGUAAGGAUGGAUCUCAGACCAAUAAUUCUACAGAUGCAUCCUCUGGGGUCUGUGAAGUUCAAGAAAAACAGGACUGCAGUGCUUCUGAUCGGAAUAAGCACUAUCCUUUUGCUCAAAAUUCUGAUGGAAUUUUAGAAAGAUACCUUAAGUUGCCAAAGAAGUUCAAUCUUUCACCAGCUUUGGCAUCUGAGUUGAACCAGAAUGUUGUAGAUUAUGCAGCUGCUUACCGUGCUAAUAUCAAUGUGUCUCCAAGAGAACCUAAGGCUUUAAGCAGCCCUUGGCCUCAAAAGAAAUUAAGCGCACUGUAUGCAUGGGAGGACUCUUUUGUGGUUAAUUUAUUGUUGGGGGGUGUUGAUGGCGUCAGUGUUAAGAGUGAGCCAGAGGUUGAUCUUUCUGAUCCAAAGAUCCAACUGAUCUCAAGUUUGGUUAACCAAAUCAAAGAGGUCAAAGAACAGUUAAAAGAUUGCAAGGAAUGGGCUCAUGAAAAAGUGAUGCAAGCUGCAAAAAAGCUAAGUAAUGAUCUUAUAGAGCUCAAGAUGUUGAGACUUGAGAGGGAGGAAAAACAUAGGGCAAAGAGUAGUGGACUGCAAACAGAGGAAGAGGCCAUGAAGCUUAUGGAAAUGGAGAAUGCCAUAAGAAAGGCUAAUUGCAAAGUUGAUAUUGCGAAUGCAGGUGUAAAGAAGCUUGAAAUUCAAAAUGCAGAGAUUAAGGCAGAGAUGGAAGCUUUCAAUUUGAGUGCAUCGGAGUCAGAUAAGAUGUCUGCAGAAGUUGCCAAGAAAGAGAGGAAGUGCCUCAAGAGGAUUAUGACAUUGGAGAAACAGCAUAACAAACUAAAGGAAGAGCUCCAGGACAAGAAAAAGAAGUCUCUGGAGUUGCAACAAGAGUUAGUCUCUAUACAGAAGGCUCAAAAGAAGAUUGAGUGGAUGUGGAGGCAGGAAGUGCAGGCUAAGGAGCUAGCCAUCAUUCAGAUUCAGGAAGAACUGAAAUUAAAAGAAGAAGCUGACGUCAAUGUAAAGGGGAAGAUGGAGGCUGCUCACCAGAAGAUAGUGAUGGACUGUCAGCUUCACAAGGAUGAUAUGGAAAGACUUAUGGAGGAGGUUUCUCGUCUCCAAAUAUCUUCAGAUUUGACCAAUCCGUAUCAUCAGCAGAAUGUGAUGUUCUCAGGACAAUUAGAGCUGCAAAGACCUCAGAUAGACACAUUCAAUAUGGUGCAUACUAAUCAGAAUUUGUCAGCGCACCUAUUUGAGGAAGAAAUCUGCAAUCAUUUGUGCUUGAUCUGUACAAACAACCAGGCAUCAGUACUUUUCCUUCCUUGUGCCCAUCAAAUCCUAUGUCCUCAUUGCACCCUUUUAUUCAACCAUACAGAAGCUAGGUGCCCUUGUUGCCAAGCUCCAAUCAUUCAGAGAAUCCAUGUUUAUGGUGUGAGCUCGUAGCUUCUCAUUAACAUAAGUCACUGACAGGGAUUUGGGUGGUGAAAAGGAUUUGCUGAAGCUUAUCAUUACACAAUACACAAUUCACAGCCUUUGGAGCAGCUUUUGACAUCCCUCUGGAAUUAGGUGAGGACAUUAAAUAGAAUUGCUGUUAUAGUUUACAGAAUCUGCGUUCUAGUAAGGCUUGUGCAUUAUACCCUGGACCAUGUUCACAGUUUCCGAACUUGAUCUAUAAUUCUUCGACCUGAUUCCUAGUUAGUUUCUUUUUCUUCUUUUAAUCUGAUUUUUGCUUUCACUUCUCUCUUGACAAAGCAAAAACAGAAAGUGGUCUUUUCCACAUAAACUGAAAAAUAUCAA